AUGCAAAACCUUGACUCGCUCCUUGAAAAUAAUUCAAGCGAUCUUUCAGAAAUAAAAGUUCAUAGUUUGAUUAAUAAGACUUAUAGCGAAGCAAGCUUAAAGUACUUAAUUCCGAUAAACCCAAAUGAGCAGCCAGUGAGCUUCACUGAAAUGAAAUUCAAUCCGACUUGCUUUUCUGUCAAUGGGCAUUCUAUAUCUGAUCGUGUCAGUUAUAAUGGGCAUUCUAUAUCUGAUCGUGUCAGUUAUAAUGGGCGUUCUAUAUCUGAUCGUAUCAGUUAUAACUCAUCUAAGCCUAAUAAUGAUGCUCAAUUUAAUAUUGACACUUCAAAGAAUCCAGAUUUCGCAAUAUAUUUGCUUUAUGUUCUUACCCUGAAUCCCUUUAGCCCGGACACUCAAGUAGACAGUAAAUUUGAGUAUUCUGAUCAAUAUAAAUCAAACCUAGCCCAAGUCGGGAUUUCUCAAAACACCAACUCGAUAUUUAGCCCAGUAAUAACCCUCCCACUCAUCAAUGAAAGUGUUGUGGCUGUUUAUGAUGUUUACGACCAAGACUUAAAAAUGACUUGCUCUGUCUAUCUUCAGCAAAUCAGCCAGUAUUCUUUUAAGUUUUGUGGAACAUUUUUUAAAUCGAAGGUGUGGCAACUUGCGCUUAUGAAAUUCCAGGACUGAUAA